AGCAAGAUGGCCCUCCCCAGCGACGGAAGUCCGAGUGAUGAGUUUGGGCUGCCCAAGUCCGGUCUCCUGAUGGUUCUCCUGGGCAUGAUCUUCACGAAGGGCAACCGUGCCACCGAAGAGGAGCUCUGGGAAUUCCUCAAUGCAUUGGGUUUCUAUGCUGGGAGGAGGCACUUGAUCUUUGGGGAGCCCACGAGGUUCAUCAGCAAAGAUUUCGUGCAGCAGAAGUACCUGACCUACUGCCAGGUGCCCAACAGCGAUCCUCCGCGCUAUGAGUUCCUGUGGGGCCCGAGAGCCCACGCUGAAACCAGCAAGAUGAAAGUGCUGGAGUUUGUGGCCAAGAUCAUUGGUACCGUCCCCAGUGCCUUACCAAAUCUCUAUGAGGAGGCUCUGAAAGAUGAGGAAGAGAGAGCAAGAGUGAGAGUCGCGGCCAGGGCUGCAGCUGUUGCUGCGAGAGGCCCUUUCAUAGCCAAGAUCCACAGCUGCCCCAAAUGUAGGGGGGUAGGCCGCGGGCACUUUGCUUACUUUGUUUUGGCAGACAGCAGUAAGGCUCCUAAAUAG